GAGCACAGUAUGAGCCUGUUUCCUUUCCUGCUUUGCCCGUGGUCUCUCCCGGGGGCAGGCUUGGACUUCACCUGCAGAAGCUCUAGUGCUGGUGGCUUUCCAAGACAGCCUCUUCAGUGGCACCUGCAUGAAGCCUCCACCAUCUCCUGGAGCUGCAUAGCCCCGGAAAGACUGACCGCUCUGUUGAACUUGGCCACCCACUCCCAGGAGGCUAGCCCGAGUCCCUCAUCCCAACAGUGCCUCCUGAAACCUCCGGUCUCUGCACCUGUGCAUGCAUGAGCUGAAGCAACUGAGCUCCAUUCCGCACUUGUCAGCUGCCUAUAGUCUUCCAGCUGACCGGUUCCCUGCAUGCGCUGAGUGGCCUGUCUUCUUCUAUGACCACAGUUGCAGGGGGGAGACAGGACCUCGCGGAAGCCAGCUCCUAGGGAUCCAAGGGAGACCAGGACCCUCUGAAGCCAUGGCCCCCUCCCAUCCUGCUCUCCAGUCCUGCAUACGUCUCUGUUUCUGGUGUCUCCUUCCGAUGUCAGCAGUGUUGGCCCAGCGGGGCUCGCACACUCAGGCUGAGGACCGCCUGUUCAAACACCUGUUUGGAGGCUACAAUCGCUGGGCACGGCCAGUGCCCAACACUUCAGAUGUGGUCAUCGUGCGCUUUGGACUAUCCAUUGCCCAGCUUAUAGAUGUGGAUGAGAAGAAUCAAAUGAUGACCACCAAUGUCUGGUUAAAGCAGGAGUGGAGUGACUACAAACUGCGCUGGGACCCAGCUGAGUUUGGCAACAUCACCUCCCUCCGGGUCCCUUCAGAGAUGAUCUGGAUCCCAGACAUUGUCCUCUACAACAAUGCAGACGGGGAGUUUGCAGUGACCCACAUGACCAAGGCCCACGUCUUCUUCACGGGCACCGUGCACUGGGUGCCCCCGGCCAUCUACAAGAGCUCCUGCAGCAUCGACGUGACCUUCUUCCCCUUCGACCAGCAGAACUGUAAGAUGAAAUUUGGCUCCUGGACCUAUGACAAGGCCAAGAUCGACCUGGAGCAGAUGGAGCAGACGGUGGACCUGAAGGGCUACUGGGAAAGCGGCGAGUGGGCCAUUAUCAACGCCACCGGGACCUAUAACAGCAAGAAGUACGACUGCUGUGUGGAGAUCUACCCCGACGUCACCUACUACUUCGUUAUCCGCCGGCUGCCGCUCUUCUACACCAUCAACCUCAUCAUCCCGUGCCUGCUCAUCUCCUGCCUCACCGUGCUGGUCUUCUAUCUGCCCUCCGAGUGCGGAGAGAAGAUCACGCUCUGCAUCUCGGUGCUGCUCUCGCUCACCGUCUUCCUGCUCCUCAUCACAGAGAUCAUCCCGUCCACCUCGCUGGUCAUCCCACUCAUCGGCGAGUACCUGCUCUUCACCAUGAUCUUCGUCACCCUCUCCAUCGUCAUCACGGUCUUCGUGCUCAAUGUACACCACCGCUCCCCCAGCACCCACAACAUGCCCACGUGGGUGAGGGUGGCCCUGCUAGGCCGGGUGCCCCGCUGGCUGAUGAUGAACCGGCCCCUGCCACCUGUGGAGCUCCGUGGCUCUCCGGGUCUGAAGCUCAGUCCUACUUAUCACUGGCUGGAGACCAACACAGAUGCUGAAGAAAGGGAGGAGACAGAGGAAGAGGAGGAGGAGGAAGAUAUAUGUAUGUGUGGAGGUCUCCCAGACGCCCCUGUGGGUGUCCUCUAUGGUCAUGGCAAUCUGCAUCUGAGGACCCUGGGGCCUGAGGCCAAGGCUCCAUCACAGGAUAGUGAGAUCAUGCUGUCACCUCAGAUACAGAAGGCACUAGAAGACGUACACUACAUUGCUGACCACCUGAGGUCUGAGGAUGCUGACUCUUCGGUGAAGGAAGACUGGAAGUAUGUGGCCAUGGUGGUAGAUCGGAUAUUCCUCUGGCUGUUCAUUAUCGUCUGCUUCCUGGGGACCAUUGGGCUCUUCCUUCCUCCAUUCUUGGCUGGAAUGAUCUGAUUUUAUGUCCUCUAGGUUGGUUCCAAGGUGGCCUUGACAACCAUCUUCUGGUCUUCUCUAACUGGAGCCAUCUCUAGCAUGUUCUUUUGGGUCAAUACCAUCUGUCUGCUGUGUUCCUAUGAGGCUCCCAAACUAGUCUGGACUUCAGAUCCUCUUUGGAACAGCUCACAGUGACAUUGUCGUGCCAAGUGCUGAGACCACUCAACACAAUCCCUGUUUAGGGAUGCUGAGGAACUAGAAAGGGUGAAGGCAUUUCCUCUGCGGAAGGUGACGAUAUGGCAGUGACUUGAGGGAGGACAAGAUAUUCCUGAAAGAGCGAUAGGAACUGUAUAUGAACCAAAGCAUCGAACAAAGGGAUGGAGGGGUCAGACCAGGGCAAAGAGAAAUAGAACAGCACCCCAAAGAUGGGGACUUGGGGACACAGGGAGCACCUGGACGGGGGAGCUCUGAACAGCACUUUGGAUUCAGUGUCAGAGAGGACAACUUGGGAUGGGGAGCCUGGGAAGGCAGGUUGGGGUAUCUUUAAUCCAGACCGAGGACAAAGUUCAGAGUCUUCUCGGAAUGUGUCUCUGCAUGUUUUGUGAGGUAAUAGCAGUGGCACAAGGCUAUUUCCAGGAGGAGUGAGGCACAAAAGUUCUCAACCUGAAGGUCUCGACCCCUUUCACUUAUCAGAUAUUCUGCAUAUCAGGUGUUUAUAUUAUGAUUCCUAACAAUAACAACAUUACAGUUAUGAAGUAGCAAUGAAACAAUUUUAUGGUUGUGGAGGGGGUCACCACAACAAAAGGAACUAUAUUAAAGGGUCGCAGCAUUAGGAAGGUUGAGAACCACUCGUCUAGAUGUCCUGAUGGAUGCUUGGGGCAGAGGGAUGGCAUGGAACUGGGUGGAGGUGGCUGGCCCAUUGUUCAUCUGAAAGCCCCUUUGAGCCCCCAGGCUGCCCUCAGCAGCAUGUCUCACUGUUCUGGGCUGCAAAGAGGUCCAGUAAUUGUUGCCAGGGGUCAGGGCCACUUUCAGAUCACCAGGGGACACACAAAGAAGGCAAUCUGCAUGGUUGGGACCCCUCUUGUCACUCACAGGCACUGGUCCCGAGUCCCUCCUCUGUCAGCACGCUUUGCAAAGGAACUGAGAACUUCGCUUCAAGCUCUUUAGAUUACGUCCUUCAGGGCAGGGUCUCGGCUUUUACAUUCUCUCCAGCCCAGCCCCACGCUGGGGGAUAGAACUCAGCACCUGGACCGUUCGUUUACUCUGAGCAGUGGAAAGAGAUGAACAGGGUUGCUCUGUUCUCCUCCAGGACUGCUGUGUAAUGUCACAUCUUCAGGGAGCUUUCUUCUCCACCCUUCCCUCAGUCCCAUCAGGUGGCUAACCUGCUCUGAGCUGUCCUGUGCAGCACGUUCUUGCAUUUGGAGCAUUACAAGACCCUCCACGGCAUAGGAGCCCAGGGGAUCAGGCCUCUCAGAACAUCGUUCAGUCCCUGAGGAGCCAGACCUCAGAAGCUAGUAGCAAUAGCACCCCAGAUUGCUAACAGAUAUAGAGACCAAGGCAGGAAGCAGAGCAGCGCAAGCUCCUGGCUUCGCUGUCUUAGGGUGCUCUCUUUCUGAAGCCCACACAUGGCUCCUUGACAGACUCCUAGGGGAAGCCUGCUUCCCAAAGGCCUCACCUGGACACCCUGCUAUCAGUUCCCAUGAGUCUGCACUCAGUCACCAAUUCAGGUCUUGGCUCCUCCUUCCUCCAGUGAACGCAGCCUGCAGCCUCCCCUCCCUCCGUUCCAAGCCCUCAGACGGGCUCCCCUGAUGGGGAGAUGCUCGCCGUGUGCUUGCCCACAUCCCAUCCUCCUUGCAUGUGAGCGAAAUAAAGCUGAGAUGGCUGCUCUCAAAAGUGUCAUGCCUUCCUGCCAGCCACCUCAGCUGCCACUGGCAUCAUCUGGUCCCCUCCAGAGUCAGGGUGGUUUGGGGACACUCAGGGGAGGAAUGUCCCACAGAGGGAACUACACCAUGUCUUCCUGGAAAGCUCCUUUGGGAUGUGUUACCACUACUGCCUACAUGGGGCAAAGGGCAGGAGGCCACCCCACCCUCCUCAUGGGCUGGGGCUCCAGGUCAGCUUCCUCCCACAGAGAGCGGAUCAAAUAAACGAUACAGUCAAGCUAACCAC